AACUCUUGCACAUCUUUUACAGUGUCCUCUUCUGGUGAAACAAUAGAAAUGAAACUUUGACAUAAUCAAAAAUAAUAACCAGUUGUGGUAAACAUUUUAACUGUAACUACAGCAUAAAAAUAGAAAACAAUUAAACUGAACGUGUUGCUUAUGCAGUAAAUACAUUUACGCUAAAUACAUUCAACCAUUACUUCUUUUUUUUUACGAUGACGUCAUUUACGCGAGACACACACGUUCCAAACUAGGCAUGCCCAGAAACUGUAGAAACAGAAAAAGGUUAUGUCAGAGCAGCAGCUGACUUUCAUUUGAUCAGAAAUGUGUGAAACGCAGCGGAGUGGACUUUCAGAGGUGAUAGAUCUUCUUCAUAUAGACCUUGAGGAUGAUGUGGAGGACAAGCGUGCUGGGAGAGAAGAUACAGCGUGUUCAAGGAAUGUUCUGAGGAAGCAGCGGAACUGGGAGAGGCAGCUGGCUGCCAGGAAGAGCAGGAGGAAAGAGGAGAAACGGAGGAGGAGAUUCAAUCGUCUGCAGGAGUUUGAUUCUGACUCAGACCAUACUCAACUCUCCAAACGUGUCCAGAAGGCGAUCACCAAAGAGCGUCUUGCUGAGUCUCAGUCCACUGGACUCAGGCUGUGUGUCGAUCUCAGCAUGACUGACUUCAUGUCAGACAAGGAGAUAAGCCGACUGGCGGGCCAGUUACGACGCCUGUACGGGUCCAAUAAGAGGGCGACUCAUCCGUUUCGCCUGAUCCUGACGGACCUGAGGGAGGACAGUCGCCUCUACAGGGAGUGUGUUCGCAUGAAUGACGGCUUCCUCAACUACCUGAUGGAAAUAACAGAACAAAGCUGUUUAGACUUAUUCCCCGCAGAAACGGUAGUCUACCUCACCCCAGAUGCAGAGGAAGCUUUAGAGACGCUGGACGCUGACAGGGUGUAUGUCCUCGGUGGUCUUGUGGAUGAAAGCAUCCAGAAGAAGCUGAGUCUGUCCAGAGCCGGAGAGCUAAGCGUCCGCACGGCCAGGCUCCCCAUUGACGAGUUCAUGGUGAAGAAAAACAACAGCAAGAAUUUCCACUCAAAGAUUCUUGCAGUGAAUCAAGUGUUUGAAAUCCUGUUGACUUUCUGUGAGACCAGCAGCUGGACACAUGCCCUGCAGGCCUGGUUUCCUGCAUCAAAGGGUUACACAAUCCCAGCAGGAGAUUCUGCACCACUUCCUGCUGCAGCACAGCCUCAGGGCGACGAUUAAUGAUGCGAUAAAUGUCAACGCUUUUACAGAAAUGCAUCUGGGAGGACAUUAACAUUAUUUAGGGGGUACAGCAUUGACUAAACAGGAAUGAGCAGAGUCAGGUUAUAGGGGGAAUGUUUAAACACAGAUUUGCUGGAUUCAAAUCCAAUGUUUUUGAUUUUGUUGUGAUUUGUGUUUGAUCCGUUCUUGGAGUUACCCUGUUAAGACCUUCAGCUCCACCUGAGAUCCUGAAUGAUGUGGAAAUGAUUUGUAAUAUUUGUCCUGAUGUUGCAGUAAAGCGUGCCCACAUGAUGCUGCUGCCACCGCGCUUGGACAUUGGGCUCACUGGGGAAACUGCCUAUUCUUUAAAUGUUGCCGGUGCAUUUUUCCACAGGAUGCAUUGAAUAUUCAUCCUUUCUAAUCACAACAAUAGACCAACGGGUGUGUAAAAAAGUUCAUAUACUAUUAAACUAUAAACCCUGAUACUUCAAUAAUUAGCAGCCAGAGUUCUGAGUCAGACGUAUGGAUUUUCUAAUGUCGAUGUCAAUAGGAAGCCUAAGUCUCCUCCCUUCCGGUCAGCUCACAGGUCCCCGGAAGAACGAAUAAAUGAAUUCAAGUCAAUGGGACUAAAAA